CUUGUGUGGGAAAAAAGGCCAUGGGGCUUACCACUUGAAUUAUAUUUGAGAGAGUUCAUCAUAAAGGGUGUUAAUGAGCAGAAAGAGAAAGCGAAAGAAUCCCUUUUUUUCUUGUCUCCUUUCCAUUUUCUCUUAUCAGAUCCAAUGAAAACAAGAUAACAUAAGUUAACCACCCAAAAAUAAGCCAUCAACAAACAGUUUGCCCCAAAUUCAACCUCUUCUCUGAUCUUCAAUUUUAGGGUUCUUAUUCUGUACCCCCAAUACCCAUUACAACCAACCCUUUUGCUCCAAUUGUACACUCGCAUCAUCGUCUUCUCUCAUCUACUACUCUUCUGAAAAACCCGAACCCUAAAAUUGAAAGCCCUAAAUCUUGAAAUGGCAACCAGAGGCAGCAGAUCAGAGAAGGUGAAGAGAAUCUUCCAACAAUUCGACGCCAACAGAGACGGUGGCCUCAACAGAGAUGAAAUGGCUGCUCUCGUCGUUGCCGUAAACCCUAGGGUCAAGUUCAGCGACGAACAGAUCAACGCAAUUCUGGACGAAGUCUUCCGAACCUACGGCGAAUUCAUCGACGGAGAAAAAGGUCUGACCUACGAUGGCCUGUUGCGAACCUACGACGACGGUGCUGGCGACGUCGACCGCGACUUCGAUGCGCUCGGCCUCGAGUUCAAACAGGACAACACCAACGGAGUUUCGAUGGCCUCCGAAGAAGCGUCGUCGUCUUCGAUCGCGGACGAGAGGGUUGUGGAGCCUCACAAGAAGCAGAGGACGGCGGCCUGGGCGGCGUCGCCUAAUCACGGCAUCGUGUUCGACGAUACGUGGAAGAUCGUGGAUGAUUUGGAGAUUUUGAUCAAGAGGUUGAAGGCGAAGCAAUCGAAAGAUGGGAAAAUGAAAGGUGACAACUUUGAUGUGUAUUCUGACCCUGGGUGGUCUAGAGAGUUGGGACCAUCUUCAGAGAUUUCAGAGAAAAGGGUUUUCUGGGAAGAGUCUGGACAUGAUUAUGCUGUGUUUGUGAAGGAAUUGGGUGUGUUGAGGUCCAGAGCUGAUGGGGCAAGGUCAAGAGAAGAGGCUUUUGAUGGGCACAUGGCAAUUGGUAGAGUUUUAUAUGAGCACCAGUUGUUCAAGGAGGCUUUGGUGAGUUUCAAGAGAGCUUCUGAGUUGCAACCAACUGAUGUGAGACCACAUUUCAGGGCUGGGAAUUGCUUGUAUGUUCUGGGUAGGCAUAGUGAAGCUAAAGAGGAGUUUCUGUUGGCAUUGGAGGCGGCCGAGGCCGGUGGGAACCAGUGGGCUUAUUUGCUUCCCCAAAUUCAUGUCAAUUUGGGAAUUUCUCUUGAAGGCGAAGGUAUGGUUAUUAGUGCCUGUGAACAUUAUAGAGAGGCUGCAAUUCUUUGUCCAACUCAUUUUAGGGCUUUGAAACUUUUGGGUAGUGCUCUUUUCGGGGUAGGCGAAUAUAAGGCGGCCGUGAAGGCCUUAGAAGAGGCUAUUUACAUGAAAAGUGACUAUGCUGAUGCGCAUUGUGACUUGGCUUCAGCUUUGCAUGCUAUGGCUGAUGAUGAGAAUGCAAUUAAGGAAUUCCAGAAAGCUAUUGAUUUGAAGCCUGGUCAUAUUGAUGCUUUGUAUAAUUUGGGUGGGCUUUAUAUGGAUGUGGGUAGGUAUCAGAGAGCUUCGGAGAUGUACACUAGGGUUUUGAGUGUGUGGCCAAACCAUUGGCGAGCACAACUCAACAAGGCAGUGUCAUUAUUAGGGGCUGGGGAAACUGAUGAAGCUAAGAGAGCUUUGAAGGAAGCACUGAAGAUGACCAACAGGGUCGAAUUGCAUGAUGCAAUAUCGCACUUAAAGCAGCUUCAGAAGAAGAGGUUGAAGGCGAAUGGAAAUGGGAAUGGAAAUGGAGAGGAGGCCUUUAUUAUUGUGGAACCCUCAAAAUUUAAGACUGUAGGUGAGAAGACUACCUUAAGGCAGGAAUUAGCCACUGCCCUUGAUAUAAGGGCGUUCCAGAGGAUCACCAGGUUGAAUCGUUGCGAUAUUGAUCUUCUGAAGAAGGAGAUGAGUGAAAAUGAUGUACCGGUGUCCUAUUCCGGUAGUGGUGAUCCUCUGAAGUCAAUACGCAAGGCUGCAUUGGAGGAAAUACUGCGUAGGUUACUUAAUUUCUUGAAGCCUGAAACCUUUGUAGGUGCUGUUAAAGCUAUAAACCAGAAAAUCCUCUCUGUUUUGGAUGAAUCGGAGUCAGGUAGGGUGGAUUUGGGCAUGUUCUUGGCUGUUCUUGCUCCCAUUUGUGGCGGCUCACCAGACAAGCGAAAACGGGUUGCAUUUGAUGCACUUCUGUGGCGGCCUGUGAAUGAAGGUGGUGGUAUGAUAAAGAAAAUUGAUGCCUCAGGGUACAUCAAAUUGUUAAGGACAAUCUAUAUUCCUUCUCAAGGGGCUAGUGAAAUACUAGAAAUCCAUGGAGAAACAGACACAUCAAUGGUGUCUUUAGCAGACUUUCUCGUGAUGUUUGAUGAUCCAGACUGGGGGUUCGGUAUAAUGUCUAGUUUGCUGAAGCUUGAAACUCGGGAUAGAAACCGCCAUGGUAGCCAUGCUUGCUCAAUUUGCCGCUACCCCAUCAUCGGUUCCCGGUUCAAGGAGAUGAAAUCUCACUUCAGUUUGUGUAGUCAAUGUUACAGUGAAGGGAAGGUGCCUACUACAUUCAAGCAGGAAGAGUACAGAUUCAAAGAGUAUGCAAGUGAGAGUGAAGCAAUGAAAGAUAAGUGCAUGUGGUUUACUUUGCAUUCUAAGAGUUCAUCCCCUAGCGAUCACUAGCUAGCCAAAGUUUUUGUUUUUUGAGAUCCUCUGUAAUAUUCCACAUAUAAUUUUAGUUUUGUGAAAUAUAUAGCCUCAUGAAUGUGUUCAGUAGGAUUUUGUGCCCUUGUACAAUAAAAUCCAUUUAGGUGGUGUAUCUGUAUUCUUUGUUUCCUAACAGCUUCUGUAGAGAUCAUAUUUCUUUGUUUUUGUUAAUGAUUUGAUUACUUUGAGAUUGUUUAUGGUA